AUGCCAAAAGCAGCCAUGUUUGUUCCUUAUGGAGAAAGUGGAUCUGGAAGCUAUGGAGCCACUCUUGGAAAACUGCAUGCUGGAUAUAUAGAGCCAAUACACUCCAAAGUUUUCAAAUUAGCCGUUUCCAUUCCUUUUCCAAAAGGUUCAGUGUUCAGCAUAGGAGAUUAUGGCACAGCAGACGGUGGUAGUUCCAUGGUCUUUCUUGGGAGACUAUUAGAAUUCCUUAAAGAACGACACGGCCCUGAUACCCAGUUUCAGGUUAUUCAUGAAGAUCAAGGUAGAAAUGAUUUCAACUCACUCUUCCGACGCUUGACAGGAAUUAUUCCCGAGCCGCCAUCCUACCUCUUGUCGAUGGACAACGUGUAUGCUUUUGCUUGUGGAACAGACUUCUACAAACAAUGUGUACCUUCUGAUUCCAUGCAUUUCAUCAUGUGCAUGAUGUCCGUACACUGGCUGUCUCAACCGCCCACAGUUUAUAGGGACUCCAUCUACGUUUGUAACGACAGCCUUGAGGAAGAAAAAGAAGCAUUGAGGAAACAGGCCCAAAUGGACUGGGAGAAAUUCUUGCUGAUGAGGAGUAGGGAAUUGAAAGAAGGUGGGGUACUUUUUGUUGGUGCGCCUGCUGCUUAUAUGGAUCAAAAGACUUGUCAAGUAAGGUUUUCUGGAGAAACGUUAGUGACUCUGAUGACAGACAUAUGGAAAUCAUUCACAGUCUCUUGCAAAAUCACAAGACAAGAAUUUAUUAAAACAAAUAUCUCGUUUUGUUUGAGGAAUCUUCUGCAAAUGCGAGAGCCAUUCGAAGCAGAGAAUUCCCAGAUCACAGCAUCAGGACUGCGUCUUUUGUUAUCCGAAAUAAUUUUAAACAAAAACAUUUACUAUUCUUCAUGGAAACAGAAGAAAUACGAGGAGGGAAUUGACGACAGGGAGGAGUUUGCCGAAAUGAUGGUGUCGGCCUACCGGAACUGGAGCAACCACAGCUUCAUGGCAGGUCUCUCAGACACUCGAUCACUGAAAGAAAAGAAACAAAUUGUCGAUGAUUUGUACGCCAAUGUCAUCAUGGAACUUGCAACAAUGAAUCCUGAACUCUAUAAGAAUGACUUUUAUACAGCAUAUGCUUUGAUCAAGAAGGUGUAA